CCUGGAAAAAACCAUUUACCUUUAUUUCAUGUUGUUUCAAGACCACGAUCUCGCUCAAGGGACAGUGGUGAUGAAAAUGAACCAAUUCAGGAACGAUUCUUCCGGCCUCAUUUCCUGCAGGCUCCUGGAGACCUGACUGUGCAAGAAGGCAAACUCUGCCGAAUGGACUGCAAGGUUAGCGGAUUGCCGACCCCCGACCUGAGCUGGCAGCUGAACGGCCGGCCCAUUCGCCCCGACAGCUCCCACCGGAUGCUGGUGCGCGAGAACGGCGUGCACUCCCUCAUCAUCGAGCCCGUCAGCACCCGCGACGCCGGCAUCUACACGUGCGUCGCCAGCAACCGCGCUGGGGAGAACACGUUCAGCCUGGAGCUCGUCGUGGCAGCUAAGGAAGUGCACAAAGCACCUGUGUUUAUAGAGAAGCUACAAAACACCGGCGUGGCGGAGGGCUACCCCGUGCGACUGGAGUGCCGGAUCUCCGGGGAGCCGUCUCCUCAGAUAUUCUGGAAGAAGGAGAAUGAGUCACUCACAUACAACACUGACCGCGUGAGCAUGCACCAGGAUAACUACGGCUACAUCUGCCUGCUCAUCCAGGGCGCUACGAAAGAGGACGCGGGCUGGUACACCGUGUCGGCUAAGAACGAGGCUGGCAUCGUGUCCUGCACUGCCAGGCUGGAUGUUCACACUCAGUGGCAGCAACCGCCUCAGACCACCAAGCCAAAGAAGGUGCGGCCCUCAGCCAGUCGAUACGCAGCACUUUCUGACCAAGGACUAGACAUCAAAGCAGCUUUCCAGCCCGAAGCAAACCCAGUCCACCUGACGAUGCCGUCUGGCCUGGUAGAAAGCGAUGAUCUGUAGGCCCGAGCUGCCACCUCCAUCUUUCUUUGAAAGCAGAAACACUGAAAGCCAUUGCCUUGACCAAUGAUACUCCUAUGUCACUUUAUGCAAAGGCAGACACCUUCAAGUACAAAAGGUAAACAACAAACACAACAACCAUAUAUUCCUUAUUCAUUAUACCAAAUUAGAAGACUAGAUAGAUAAUUAAUAGAGAUGUACACAUUGCACAACAAAUCACGUUCACCAGUUCCUUAUACCUAAGUUGCUUCAGCUCUUAUGAAUAACCCUCUUCAUAAAGGCCAAACUACUACAGUGAGACAGACUUUUCAGAAGAAAACACUAUUUAUCACUACGUGCCUUCAUAAGCAACAAGCAGAUGCUACACAGUCAUAAUGGUGCAAGAUUAUUUUAUUUGAGGCCAUUAGAUCACAAAUGUAGUUCUAAAAUGGCAAUGCAUUCUGAUAGCUACAAUGAACAAGUGCAAUACUGUAGGAAUCAAACAAGAAGGGACAAGGAAGAGAAAUGUCAGCAAAUGCUCUAUCUCUGCAAACUGCUUUCUAUUCUACAA